ACCUUGAACCUCUACGAUUUAAUCCUACCACCGGAGGCUGGGCAUAUAUAAAUGCCGUCAGUCGGAUCAUUUCUAGAAUUACAUUUAAUCGCAGCUAACACGUAACAGUCAUGAAAACUACGGUGUUGUGUUUGCUCGUCUUGGUGGCUGUCGCUUAUGUGGCAGCUCGUCCAAAAGACGAAUACACGAGUAAGUUCGACAAUAUUGACGUGGACCAAAUUCUACAUAGCGAUCGCCUGCUCACUAAUUAUUUUAAGUGUUUGAUGGACGAGGGGAGAUGCACUUCGGAAGGAGCUGAGCUGAAGAAAACGUUGCCUGACGCUCUGGAGACCGAGUGCAGCAAAUGUUCCGAGAAACACAAGGAGGUGGUCAAGAAGGUGAUCAAGUUCUUGGUGAAGGAGAAGCCAGAAAUGUGGGACAAACUCGCGAACAAGUACGAUCCUGAUAGGAAAUACAGAACUAAAUUCGAAAACCAAGCGAAGGAGCUCGGCGUGUCCGUUUAAACUCACCUAAGACACGGAAGGAUUGCGCGAGGUGCGAAGCCGAGGAUAAAUCUGAAUGCUCUUUCGGAUAAAAUAAUUCGCACCUAUACUGAACGCGGGCUAUGCAGCGAUAAUUAAGAAACUUUUUGUAACACGACUGAGUGCGAAGUAAACGGGAAAACGAAUUCGACGUGGCAGUCAGCGUAAUUGUAUGAGAUAGAUGAAGAGAUGAAUAAAAAUGAUGUUGAAUCGCA